AUGAAGAGACGUCUGAACUUAAUUCUACUUUUAGCAAGAGCGCAUACCAAAGCGCCUGGCGACAUGUGUGUGCAGAGGGAGUGGAUGAAGAAGGUCGAUCGACGAGUGCCUGUGCUUGGUAUGGUCACCGAGACCAGUGACGAGCGCCAUACCGACGAGACUGAUGAGAACAGUGGUGAGACGCGUGACAUCGGUGGAGAAUGGAAAGUGAAUGACUGGAAGAGCAUUGCCGGUACAAACGACUGUCCAUGGAACGAGCUGGAUUCCUAG